CUGCGGCGGCGGCGGCUGCCGGCGCUGCUGGGCGAGGUCAGGGAAAGUCCAUGUGAGGAGCGGCUGGAAUCACUUCCUGCCGCCGCCGCCGGGACCGCGGCUCCCGCCGCCGCUAGGCCCAGGGCAGCCUCCGGGGGCCGGUCACCCGCAGCAGGUGCCGGUGACAGGUCGGCGUCCCCGUGGGGUGGUUGUGCUGCUGCUCCAGGGGCAUAGAGCAUCCUUACUGCUGGUUGGUCCAGCAAAGAAGAGUCCCCUCUCCUUGAACUUGAAGGAACCUGCCCGUAGAGUCCCGAUGUGCCCUACUUUGGAUAUUCCUGCAUUGAAUGUCUGAGGAGCUCCAGCCGAUCCUGAGCCAUGUCGCAGAUGUUGCACAUAGAGAUUCCCAACUUUGGGAACACCGUUCUGGGCUGCCUGAACGAGCAGCGGCUGCUGGGGCUGUACUGCGAUGUCUCCAUCGUGGUGAAGGGCCAAGCCUUCAAGGCGCACCGGGCGGUCCUGGCCGCCAGCAGCCUCUACUUCCGAGACUUGUUCAGUGGGAACAGCAAAAACGCCUUUGAGCUGCCGGGUACCGUCCCCCCGGCUUGCUUCCAGCAGAUCCUCUCCUUCUGCUACACCGGGAAGCUGACCAUGGCGGCGAGCGAGCAGCUGGUGGUGAUGUACACGGCGGGCUUCCUCCAGAUCCAGCACAUCGUGGAGAAAGGGACGGACUUGAUGUUCAAGGUCAGCUCGCCCCAUUGUGACUCUCAGACCACCAUGAUCGAAGACCCCAGCUCGGAGCCACAGAGCCCUUGCAACCAGCUGCAGUCGGCCUCGGCGCCCUACGUCAUGUCCCCCUCCAUGCCCAUCCCGCUCCUCACGCGCGUCAAACACGAGAACCUGGAGCUGCAGGCAGCUGCCCUGCCCGGCCUGCCCGGCAAGCGGCCCCUUGAGCCCGGCGCCCGGGAGGGGGCAGGUGGUGGUGGCCCCAACGCCGGUCCCCUGAAGCUCUCCCGUGUCUCCUACUACGGGAUGCCCAACCUGGCCACCCUCAUCCCCAACGUCCAGCAGGUCCAGUACUCGCAGGGGGAGCGGACGAGCCCUGGUGCCAGCAGCAUUCCCACCACCGACAGCCCCACCUCCUACCACAAUGAGGAGGACGAGGAGGAUGACGAGGCAUACGACACCAUGGUGGAGGAGCAGUACGGGCAGAUGUACAUCAAGUCUUCGGGAGGCUACUCUGUUGCUCAAGAGAAGCCAGAGCAGAUCCCACUGGAGAACCGCUCCUGUGUCCUCAUACGACGGGAUCUAGUUGCUCUCCCAGCCAGUCUUAUCAGUCAGAUCGGAUACCGUUGCCACCCAAAACUCUACUCAGAGGGAGAUCCUGGAGAAAAACUUGAGCUCGUUGCAGGCUCGGGGGUGUACAUCACCCGGGGACAGCUGAUGAAUUGCCACCUAUGUGCCGGUGUCAAACACAAGGUCCUCCUGAGACGUCUUCUGGCCACCUUCUUUGAUCGGAACACGCUUGCCAACAGCUGCGGAACUGGAAUCCGGUCCUCCACCAGCGAUCCCAGCAGGAAGCCCCUGGACAGCCGGGUUCUUAAUGCAGUCAAAUUGUAUUGUCAGAAUUUUGCCCCGAGCUUUAAGGAAAGCGAGAUGAAUGUCAUAGCAGCCGAUAUGUGCACCAACGCCCGCCGGGUCCGCAAGCGCUGGCUGCCGAAGAUUAAGUCCAUGCUGCCGGAAGGGAUGGAGAUGUACCGCACGGUCAUGGGCUCCACCACAAACAGUGUCCCCCUGGAUCCUGAAUUCCAGCCCACCACUGCUCAGGUCUUUGAGCAGCGAAUCUAUGCAGAAAGGAGGAGCGAUUCGGGAACUAUAGUAGCCUUGAGAACUAACACGGUGAACGUAGAGCUAAGCAAUGGAUCCAACCAGUCCUUCGAACAGAGCGAGGAUGCCGAAGGGGCUGGCUCUGUGAUACAGGAGGCAGCUGCCGCAGAUGCUGUGGCAUCGGAUACCCAAAGCACUCCGCAACCUUUUGAACAAGGUUCCGGCUCCUCCAGCCGGCCCGAAACUCCCGUGAGAAGACAAGAUGGUACUUACGGAGGGACUUUAUAAAGAGAGCAAACGUUUCGUGACCUAUAAGGGAUCUGUAAUACUAAAGCUGCUUGCAUGCAUUACUAAUACAAAACAAAAAAAUGUGAUCAAGCCACUUACCUACUGAACUGCUACUGUUGCCUGAAAAAAAUGUGAUUUUUAUUCUGCUUGUAUUUAAAAUUUAUGAAGGAAAUAAUCGCAUUCGUUAUACUGUAAACGACUAGGUCUGUGGCGACCUACUUAAAAAAAAAAUAUUGGGCUCCUUUUUUGAUAUUCCUGAGGUUAGUCUCUAAGAUUGUAGCUUUUUCUUUUUUUUUUCUUCUUUUUUUUUUUUUUUUUAAUUUUAAGAAGGGGAGGAGAAAAGCUAGCCACCCCCCCCCCCAACCACCACCACCCCCCACGUCAUCACCACCCCAUCCAUUACUCAGCUCAGAAGUAAAGCCAUCGUUAACCUUGUUCCUCUACAGAAAGUUUUACCGUCACUUAACAGGAAAGCGAGGUGUGUUAGGGAAGAGGUGCUGUGACUGGCGACGUGUGUCUCGAGCAGAAGGGCUUGUAGCCAAGUGGGACAGGGUGGGGGAAAUCGUCAAAGGCUUCUGGUGUGGGAGGCAGCCCCGUGCUGUGGCUGCCGUGGGGCAGGGCUGCCGUGGGGCAGGCUGCUGCGGCGGCUGGCGGGGGGCUCGGUGCCGUUGUCUCGGGGAGUUUUCUCCGGUCGGCCGGAGCAGGGAUGGUUCCGUGGGAGUUCAGGCGUGCAGGUGUCAGGAGGACUGCGUGGGAUGCAGGUGGAGACCCUGGCCGGUGCAGUGGUUGUUGUCGGGUUGGUUUUUGGCCCAAUACGGCUGGGUUUUGGGCUUGGUUUCUCUCUCUCUCUCUCCCUCUCCCUCCCAGUGACUCCUUUUCUUUUCCUUCUCCUCGCUUGCACCUCCACGUCACCCGCUUCUUGGGCAAAGGGGCUGCUGUCGCCCCGCUGCACUCCAUCGCCUCGGGGCAACGGGGCAUCCAGGCAGGUGGCCAAGCCUGGCUACUCCUGUGGAGAGGAGUAGCCCCCCUUGGCCUCCUGGGAAGGGCUUUGGAGAGGAGUCUGAGCACGGAAAGCAGGUUAGCCUUGCUCCGAAGGGCACGGAGCCAGGAGCUCUCGGUGUUGGCUCCCGGCAGCAUCCACACCAGGAGCAUCCGCUGGCGUGUGGGGCUCACCCACCGCCCCCUCUCUCCGCCCCGGCCAGCCGGGCUACCACCGUUUAAUAAUUCAGAGCUUAUUGGAUGCAAAAAUGUAUUUAAAAAAAAGUAAAAAAAAAAAAAAAAAUUAGCUUUGUGCCCUUCUGUGAAAGAGGUGUUUGGGGAGGAGGAAGCGUUUCGCCUCUUGCUUAUCCUUCCAGACAGGCCCUCCUGGGGAAAAGCCCGGUGUGAGUUAUUUGUUGGGUUAUUCUGUUGAAAGCAGAUGUCCCCAGGCUGUGUUGGCUUUGGUGGCCCCGGUUGGCCUCAGCUCGGUGGUGCGGGCGCAGGAUGGGACCCGCAGGUGCCCCUGGAGCCUGGCGGGGUGGGGGGUACCGUCUCACCCCCCGCUCGCUGCCUCUUGCCCGCGGAGGGCAGAAAUCCCCGCAGAAAUCCCCCAAAGGGACCGUCACCCUCCCGCAGCCCCGGCUCCCGCUGGGCGCCGCCGCCGGGCAGGGGGAUGCCGAGGCCGGGAUGCCCCCGAGGGAAGGGGGCAGCGAGGAGAAAGCCAAGAAUAGCUUUUUUUUUUUUCUUUUUUAAUUAUUAUUUUUACUGUGACUAAAUGGCCUGCUUUAAUGAUCUUUACCGGUUGUUCUUUGACGAGUUUGGGGCGAAGAACAAGCGCGAGGCGCAUCGGGAGUCGCUUCUGAAAGCGCCUGCGCCGCUUUUCUUCCCUGCUUUGGUCCCCAAUGCAGACAGCGCUUUGCUCAGGGUUUUCUUCCUUCUUUGUAUUUCCGUUGGGAAAGGGGGAAAGGGGGAGAGGAUAACCCAACUUUUUCGGCCAUUUUUUUUUUUCUUUGAUACUUGAAGCUUUUUUUUUUUUUUUUUUUUUUUUUUGCAUGGGAAUAACAAAGCUGUCCGGCGCUUCGCCUGUCCCACUGCUCCUUGAGAAAAAAAAAAAAAAAUUAAUAAUCAGUGAUGGGAUGGUUUUGCCUCACGUCUUGCACAGCUCUGCGGUUUUUGGCACGGCGUGGCUCGGGUGACGGCGAUGGGCCGGCGCGGGGCACGUGAUGCUCCGGGGAGCGGGGACGAGCAGGGCCGGGGGCUCUAUUUGCACUUUACCCACAUCAGCAAAGAAAAUUCACACUCUUGGCGAAGCCCAGAGCUGGCACGGCUCAUCCCCGGCCCGCGGGAGGAGGACAGACCUGAGCAGGGGGGACCAGAGAGCUGAGCUUGGGGUGGGCUUCUUCCCCGGCCGUCCCCCAGGAGAUGGAGAGGGGGCAGUUCCUUGGCCCUGGGGGUGUCCCCGUCCCCCCGGGGGCAGCUCUAGGGCAGACUGGUGGGGCUCAGAGGGUCAGGUUUGGCUGAGGACCCCCUCCCCCCCGCCCCAAUCACCUCCCCAAAAAUUUGAGGCAAGCUGGGAGCGGAUCCGGGCGCCGGAGAUCAAAAAUCGUCCCUUCUGUGUGUGUCUGUGUGCAUAUAUAUGUGUAUAUUUUAAAGACGUUGCAAAGGGUUCCUCCUCCUUUUUGGCACUUGCUGGGGUUUGGUGAGCAGGCCAUUAGUUAAGGUGUUAAUUCCGGACCAAACCCGCGCCCAGAGAGAUGGCCCCGGCCGGCGGGGCCAGCGGGGGGGCAGCAGCAGAAGUACUUGAACGGCUUAGGACAGAGAGUCUGAAGAGAGUCAAGUUGCACAGUGAAAAUAUAUAUUUUUAUACCUAGCACAACUUCCUGUAUAUUUUUGGGGUUUUUUUCUUUCUUUUUUUUUUUUUCCUUUCAUUUUUUUUUUCUUUUUAAAUUUGAGUUUGUUUGUUUUAUUAAUUAUUAUUAUUAGGAAGGCAAACUUCUAAAAUGUGAAGGGCGUUGGGUUUUUUUUCCUUAUCUGGUAGAUGAGGGCAAGCAUUUUGCACUAAUGUUUCCUGUGUGUGGAGGAUUAAUGAUGUGUUUGAAAAUGUUAUAUGGUAAUGAUUGUAUUCUUCCGAAAAAAAAAAAAUGAAAAAAAAAAAAAAGUAACCCCUUUAAAAUAUUGAAUGUAAGGUGAGAACAGAGCAGUCCAUCGAUUGUAUGCGGCUUUCCUGAGUGCCUUAGAAUUUUUUGAUCAUUUUUUUCCAAGGAAAACAGAUUAAGAAGAUCAGAUCAUAACCGACUCCUUCCUCCUCUUUGUUUACGACACUAUUUUAAAUUAUAGAAUUUGGGGCUGCUUUAUAAUGUGAAUAGGAAACUGCAUUCAUCUAGGUCUGAUAGUGUAAAAUCAAAGCAUCAGUAUUUAUGGUAUGUCUGCACCUUUAUUCUUAUGCUUGACUAUUAGCAAUAUUACAUGUAUAUUCUAUAUCUAAAGUUAUACCAAGCACCUUUAAAGAAAACGGAGUGUAAGCAUACAAGUUACCUGCAGCUGCCAUAUAGUGUAGAAGCCAGCCCCUCUCCUCCUCGUUAGCGCCAAUUAACACCACCAUCCCGGGAGCUGCUGCUUUGCAGAAGGGCUGCGUCACCUUGUCCCGCGCCGCCCUCUCGGCGUCCUGCGGGUCCAGCUUUGGCCAAGGCUGGCGGUGAACCCCCCGGUUGUCCCCCGGGCCGGUGACCUUCCCAGCGCUGGUUUGGCCGCGGUGACACCGGCGGGAUGGGGCUUGGGAGGGGAGGGAUGGUGCCGGCAUUGCCGUGCUGCCGGCAGACGAUGGGGAGCGGGUCCUUUUUGCCGCCUUGAUGGUUUAGUUCUUCUAACCGUGGUUUCACCCUAGAAAAUUCCCCCCGGGGGUGGCGGGGAGCCCGGCCGGGGGUGGCAAGUACCGGGGGUCCCCUCCUCCGGCCGGGCGAGGGGUUCAACCCCAGCCGCCACCCAAAACUGGAAUUGCCCGUGGCUUAACCGGCGUUGGAGGGAGCGGAGCAUCCUUGCCGCGGGGUUGUGUGCGGGGCCAAUGCCUCCUCCCAGCCAUUCGUGUCCCCCCCAACCCCCGCCCCGGUGGUUUUGUUCAGAUCGUUUGUUUUUCUGGAAAAAGCUCGCUGCGAGUGGAGAAGGGUCAACGGGGAAACCGGGACGAGCCCCCGGCGGCGAAUCCCCCGCCGCCACGUUGCCAGUCCGCGGCCAUCCCGGGCUUCAGCUGCUGCUCCAAGUGUUCCUGCUGUCUGAAUCCCCCGCGGGGGCGGCGAGCGAGCCCCCAGCACGCGGGGCGGGAGGCAAGCGAGCGGGGAGCCCCCCGGCCCCGCGCGCCCUGGGGUGGUGGUGCUGGGGGGGGGGGGGGGGGACGGUGCUGACCCCUAACGUGCUCCCAUCGGACACCCCUCGACUCCUCCGAUGAGUUUCUUCCACUGUUAAAGCGUUUUGCACACUAAAUUGUGAUUUUUAUGUCAAGGUAAAAGCCAAAACUUGCAAUACUAUUUUUAGCAGACAAAAAUAAAAAAAAUAAAAAAAUAAAAAAUAAUAAUAAAUAAAUAAAAAACAACUGAGUAUAAAUGUAUAAAUAUUUUUGACUUGAACAUUUGGAUGGCACUUGAUUCAAAUAGAACAUUAAUCCUUUGGACAGAAUGUUUGGGGAAAAAAAGGACUUAAAAGUACAAGGUUGUUUUUAAAGCGUCUUCAUAGGGUAUUAAGUAGUACUGUAAUUCAUGACUGUUAAAAAUACUUUCUGUGCUGUAAGGAAGUCUCACAGUACCACUGAAUUAUGUUCCUCAACUGUCUCAGCCACGAACGAUGCUAGCUUCUUUUUUUUUGUUUGUUUUAUUUUUUAUUUUUAUCGUGCAUUAUUCACUAGUAUUUAUGUGCUCUUACUCUGUAUAGUUAAGACUGUUAUUUUGUAGCCAUGGCUGACACGAUGUAUCAGUAACUAAAAGAAAAGAAAAACGAAAAACGAGAAAAGAUUAAGACCCCCGAGUUGGAACUGUGCUCACAGCUGUUUUCAUAUGAUGAAAAAUCCCUUUAAAAAAAAAAACAAAAAAAAAAAAAACAAACAAAAAAAAACAAAAAAACAACCCAAUGUGAUCAUUAAUUGUAAA